AUGAACAGCAAUUGGGUACUGAAUGAAUCCACGUUACUCCAACUGACAUCCGUUUUAAUUCGUUCCAUGUCUUCGUUGGCACACGAGAGAUGUGAAGCAAUGGAAACCUUAGAGUCUUUUAAGUUACAGGUAGAAUUCAUUAACAACUUAUGUUUUCUGCUUGUUGAAGGUAUGGAAAAUCCUCUUUUGAAAUCAAACUUUAGUUCCAGAGACCUUCAGAAUGUUAGUGCUACGUCAGGAAUGCUGUUGAAAAAUACUAUUAUACAACAAACUUCUGGUAAAUUUGGCUAUGAAUUGGCGUACUUCAAAGCCAAUAUUUUUAGAGGUCUGUGUUCUACAUCUUCGUUAAUUUCUAAUAUCAGCGGGAUUGCCGUUGCAUCCAUGUUUAGUUACUACAGUAGACAGCACAGAGAUGAUGUAGUGGGACUAGAGACACUUUCCAAACUUUUGGAAAUGACAUUUCAGGGUAAUUUGGCAUCCAUCAAGGCAAUGUCUAAAAUUAUGGAAGACAAUGCUCAAUUUUUUCAGUUAACUUGGGCCGGAACUGACAAUUUGUUGGAAUUUUUAGUGGAUUGUUUUAUGCAAAUCAUUACGGAAUCCGGUGAUCCUGAGAUUAGGGCAGAAGCAAUUAAAUGUAUUAACAGUGUGAUACCACUGAAUGCCCAGUGCUUUCUUGUAAAGAUAUAUUCAUUCUUAGACUGUUUGUUUCAACUAGCGACAACAAAUUCGAAUGAUUUGGUUAGAAAGCAGGUUUGUAUUGCAUUCAGCAACAUAUUGGAAUGCAGGCCUGAUACGCUGGUUCCUCAUAUGCAAGGAAUUUUACAAUUUGCAUUACACCUCAUUGAUACCUGUAAUGAAGAAGACGUUGCAUUGGAUGCAUGCGAAUUUUUGUUUUCAUUCUCAACAAAUUCUAAUAUUCCUGAACAUAUGCUUAAACCAUAUAUUUCUGCUAUCAUCCCAGUAUUGUUAAGAAAAAUGGUCUAUAAUGAGGAUUCAAUUGCUACUUUCGAAUUAAAUAACGGAGAUGAUGCUGAUUUUGAGGAUAAAGAUGAAGAUAUCAAACCCGUUUCUGCGAAAAUAAGAAAGGGUAGUGAUAACGAGGAGGAUGAAGAGGGUGAAGAUUACGGUGAUGAUAGUUUUAUGGAUAAUAGUGGCACUGGUAGCGAUUGGAAUCUCAGGAAAUGUUCUGCAGCUACUUUAGACUCUCUGGCUAAUCUUUUCCCUCAUGAAGUUGUUGUAGUUGCUUUCCCAUUGCUGAGAGAAUCUUUGACAUCAGAGCAUUGGUUCAUCCGGGAAGCUUGUAUCUUGGCUCUCGGUGCCAUAGUAGAAGGUGGGAUUCAAUAUUUUGAUAACCAUUUACCUGCAUUAAUUCCCUUUUUGGUCGAACAAUUGAGGGAUGAAUGGGCUGCAGUGAGGAAGAUAACUUGUUGGACAUUGAGUAGGUUUUCGACUUGGAUACUGAAUGAUCAUACUGAGUUCCUAGUUCCUGUCUUAGAGCCAAUCCUUAACACACUGCUGGAUCGCAAGAAAGAAGUUCAACAAUCAGCAAUUACAGCAGUUGCAGUAUUUAUCGAAAACUCCGAUUCUGAAUUAAUUGAAGCUAUAUUAUACACAGAGCUAUUAAAUACCUUUAGUCGCUGCUUCCAACACUAUAAAAAGAAGAAUCUAAUUGUACUAUAUGAUGCAAUAGGCAGGUUAUCUGAAAAAGUCGAACUUGAAGACUCAGCAAUCCAAUUACUUUUGCCACCUCUGAUAUCUAAAUGGACAUCAUUGAGCGAUAACGACAAAGAAUUAUGGCCAUUAUUAGAAUGUUUGUCUUAUGUUUCUGCGUCAUUAGGUGAAAGGUUCAUGCCCAUGGCCCCAGACGUUUACAAUAGAGCAUUUAGAAUAUUGGUACAUUGUGUUGAUAUGGAAACAAAAUCACAUAGCGAUCCAACAAUCCAGGUUCCCGAAAAGGAUUUCACUAUAACGUCUUUAGAUUUAAUUGAUGGGUUAGUGCAGGGCCUGGGACAAAAAUCUCAAGAAAUAUUGUUCCCCAAUAACGAUGUUACGAUAUUGCAACUCAUGUUGCAAUGUCUUAACGAUCCAAAUCAUGAUGUCAGACAGAGUACAUUUGCACUACUUGGUGAUAUUACUAUGUGCUACGACACCAAACUAUUACAAUCGGCGAUUGCCGACUUACUCAAAUCCAUAAUUAGCGAAUUAUCGUACAGCGAUGACUCAGAUGCUGUAUCUAGUGUUAACAAUGCUGUGUGGUCCCUUGGCUUAAUUGCUGAACGUCUAGACAUAGGCGAAUACAUUUUCGACAUAUCAAGAGCUGUUCUCGAUCUCUUCACUACAAACACCACCAUCGUUCACCGCUCUAUUAUGGAAAACUUGGUUGUCACCAUUGGACGUCUCGCACACUAUCAUCCAGAACAAUUCGUCUCUGGAUUAUUUGCUUCGCCGGCCAUCAUUACCAGAUGCUGUCAGAUAGCAAAAGAUUUAGACGAUCCAGAUGAAAAAUCAUCUUCAUACUACGGCCUAAUAAAAAUUUGCAACAUCAUGGAUUCUAAUAAAUACCUCCCCAUUAAAGCAAUUAAGUAUUUUGUUCAAGGGUUGGCUGUAAACUUGCCUCGAGAACAUAUUUCACACUGGCAGGAAGAUUUAAAUGCCUUAUUCCUCAGACAUCAAACGCAAAUUAGUCAGUUAGCUCAUCGCUUUACGAAUGAUGAGGCUGCUAUAAUAUCCUUUGUAAUGAACUAG